GCAGCCGCAGGAGGGGCGGCGGCGGUGGGCGCCGCAGGCGAUGCCCCUGCCCGGCUGCUCCGGCGUGGGGCAGUGCGAGCGGCGGCGGGGGAGCAGGCAGGGGGCGGCGGCUGCGGCGGCUGCAACAGAGGGGCCGAGAGCUGGAGGCGGCGGCGGCGGCGGCGGCCUCGAAGGGCAUCGGCGGAGGCGGUGAUGGCACCAGUGGUGAUCUGAAGAUGGAAAGAGCCAGGCGAAGGGGAGGCGGCGGCGGCGGCGGCGGCCGUGGCCGCGGCGGCAAGAAUGUAGGGGGCUCUGGCCUCAGCAAGAGUAGACUCUAUCCCCAGGCCCAGCACUCCCACUAUCCCCACUACGCGGCUUCAGCCACCCCUAACCAGGCUGGGGGCGCAGCCGAAAUCCAGGAGCUGGCCUCCAAAAGGGUGGACAUCCAGAAAAAGAGGUUUUACCUAGAUGUGAAGCAAAGCUCCCGGGGCCGGUUCCUAAAGAUAGCCGAAGUCUGGAUAGGGAGAGGCCGGCAAGACAAUAUCAGAAAGAGUAAACUGACCCUCUCCCUGUCUGUGGCCGCGGAGCUGAAGGACUGUCUAGGGGACUUCAUCGAGCACUAUGCCCACCUGGGCCUGAAAGGCCACCGACAAGAGCAUGGUCACGGCAAAGAGCAAAGCUCCAGGAGGAGACAGAAGCACGCAGCACCCUCCCCACCAGUCUCUGUGGGGUCCGAAGAGCACCCUCACAGUGUCCUCAAAACAGACUACAUAGAGAGGGACAAUAGGAAAUACUAUCUAGACCUAAAGGAAAAUCAACGGGGUCGCUUCCUAAGGAUAAGACAAACCAUGAUCCGGGGAACUGGCAUGAUAGGUUAUUUUGGCCACACUUUGGGCCAAGAGCAGACUAUCGUCCUCCCAGCACAAGGGAUGAUUGAGUUUCGGGACGCCUUGGUUCAGCUCAUUGAAGACUAUGGCGAAGGGGACAUAGAAGAACGCAGAGGUGGAGACGAUGACCCAGUCGAACUCCCAGAGGGGACUUCUUUCAGAGUGGACAAUAAAAGGUUCUACUUUGAUGUGGGCUCUAAUAAAUAUGGAAUUUUCCUGAAGGUAAGUGAGGUGAGGCCACCUUACCGUAAUACUAUUACUGUUCCAUUCAAAGCUUGGACAAGGUUUGGGGAGAAUUUUAUCAAGUACGAAGAAGAGAUGAGGAAAAUUUUCAACAGCCAUAAAGAAAAGAGGAUGGAUGGCAGAAGGGCCAGUGGUGAAGAGCAAGAAUGCCUCGACUAGAAUGAAAUUGAACUCCAUCAGGCAAAAGUUAAAAUCAUAAAUUGGCUAAAAGUACUGAUCCAUAAUCAUUUGAAGAAAUUUUUCCUCUUUUUUUGGCCCUUUGUUAUGAGUAGUACCUCUAGUAGUUAUACUUCAAGGAGUCUGAUUCUCAUGUUAUGUUAUCCAUAAAACACUAUAAUUCUUAUGGGAAUUUCAGCCUUCCCAGAGCUAAAUAGUUUAGCUGCUUCAGCUGCUCCAGACUAUUGAAGUAUGCAAAUCAGCACAGUGUGACAUUCUGACCUUCUAGAUACCAUAACUAAGAUUAACAUUGCACUAUGACAUAAGCUUAAAAAAAGAUACAUAUACCUAAUAUGUAAGUGUGAAUUUCUAUUUAACAAGUUCCCCAAAAAAAGUAUUCCAUUCCUACUUCAUUAAAAGCUGCUAGGAUUACCUGUAGGACAGUUACCACAGAAACAGAAACUGACUUCUAUUAUAAAUAUAUUUAUUUACAAAAGUACGAGUAGAAAUAUAUUAAAUGUCCAUUGGAUAACUGAAUAUUAAACAGUACCAUUAAAGAAUCGAAUCUUAGAGUUACUAUAGUAUUCUAUAAUUUCAAAUUUUGUGGUGACCCUACAGUUUAUACUUGCCAUAUCAAUGCCAUGAGAGAGUUUUAAUUGGUUAUUCUAAGCUAGUUAUAAUCCCAUCUUCACCUCUGAUUAUUGUACCAUAUAUUAUUAUUGACUUUCCAAAGUUUCAGGAAUUACUUUUAUGUCACUGUUGCGUGGGAGGCUUUGCUAUGGAAAUCUUGAUAUUUUAGCUUUUCAUGCUAAUUUGAAGGUUGUGAGAGGUUCUUUCCCAAAAUACAUCAUGGACUCAAGGUGUUAUAUUUUAUGCUGCUGCUUUAGCACUGUUUCAGAAGGGUUGGUGCACCAGUUACCUGAUAUAAAAAUAAUCUGUAGUAAUAUAUUUUAGUAGCACUUUUGCAGUUGCUGCCCUGAAGUCCAUUUCAACACUUACAGUAUAAACCUGACUUUUAAAGGUGUUUUAAUUCCAGGAAAAAAAAAAGUUUUUUUCUAAAAAGCAUUUAGAAUAAAUAUACAAUUUCAGCCUGGAAAAAUAUAAUUUGAAGAUUGGUUAUAAACAUAUUUGAAAGAAUAAUUCAGGCAUUUUUCCAAGGUGCUCUUUAUGAUACUUUACACAAGGUUUACUUUACACAAGACUCACCCACUUACUGGUAUUAAAAAUUACUUUCCAGGAAGUGCCACAGCAAUUUUUCAACACCCAAGCAAUUUUUUAAACAAGUGGAUAUAAUGUAUAUGUGUACCAACCCACCCUGUAUUAACUGACUGAAAUUUUAUCUGUUGAGCUGCAUUUUAUCUGAAUGAAAUUACUGUCUUUUAUCUUGGCUUUAUUCACCUCCCACACAAUGAGUCCAUAUAAUCAUGUUUAGAAGCCAGACACUGAUUUCAGCCCCCAAAUAUAGCUCUCAUUGAUGAGAGCUGGCUGCAUGGAUUGAGUUCAGAAUGUAGCUCUUCUUUUAUAUGCUAUAAGUAAUUCACAAUUAUUUUAACAGUUGAUUUCCCUCCAGAGGAUUGUCCCCAAAUACACUUAAGUAAGGUCACUAAGAAAACUUUAUGAUAUGAAUUAAGAAAAUUAAUUUCACAGAUUUACGUUACUUAAGAACAAGCAAUCAGUAACCUAGACAUACAUACUGGUGUUGGCUUACUGAUUGUAUUUCCAGUUUCCUCAAAGUAUAAAGGAAUCUCCCCAGUUCAUUAUAAUUGUGGGCCAUCUGGAUCACUAUGGACCAGCUGAAGGUUAGAAGAUGGUGUUAGGACUAGAGUUAAUAGCUCAUGGCGGGUGUUGAGACUCUAAAAGUAGCAAGGAUCUUCAAACAGUCCUCACUGUAAAAUAACUAUUCUAGGCUUGAUAAAAAGUAGUUUUGGGGUAUGUGAAGGAGUGGUGUACACUUGAAUUACUGUACUACUGAUUGCUUUGCUGCCCAUCAUAGUGCCUAUUAAUAAUAAUCAACCUGUCAGAUUUUGGCAAACUGGAGCUGUGAAUAUUCCAGUAUUUGAGUGUUCCUAUCACUAUUGCUGUGACUGUAUACUCUCUCUUAAAACCUUCCCUUCCAAAAUAUUUAUAUCUGUUAAAUCUAAAUAAUUUCCUUGGUUUUUAGUCUGGUAAGGUUUGAGUGUGUGUGUGUGUGUGUGUGUAUAUAUAUAUACAUAUAUAUGUAUAUAUAUAUACACACACACACACACACACACAUCUAUGUGUGUGUAUAUAUGUGUUAUAUAUAUACAUACACAUGAUACAAUGCCAGACUUAAAUAUCUUUAACUCAUUGUAUAUAAAUAUUAUUAGUUUAAUUUUGCAUUAAUAAUUUAAGUGAAAAAUUGGUUAGGCAGCCAAAUUUUCUACAUUGUAUGUAUACUUCAGAGUUUUUACCAUCUCAAAGCUACAAACUGGAUAGAUGCAUAUGUACCGGCAGUUGAUUAUACUUUAGAAUCAUUAAGCCUUCUGCCAGUCCUUUUGUUUCAUUUUCUUCAAAGUUAAUGUUCACUGAAAAAUGAAAUGAUGCUAUGAUUUUUUUUGAUACUUAAAAUUUCCAGUCAUUCAUUAGCCAUAAUCAAAUAAGAUCCAAUCCAAAACUCUGGUAUUAGGACAUGUACUGAGAUGUAUCUUAUAAAAUACGCUACUAUUCUUAUCUGUGCAAUAUACAUUUUAUUUAUUGUCAUUUGUAACAUAAAUGGAGCUGCAAGUGUACAUGGUACUCUUCAAAAUAAUAGGAUCCCUGCCUUGAAGACAUAAAACUCUUAAGGCAACUGGAUGUUAGAAUUCAAAAAGUGAGCAUUAAAAGUUAGUAACCAAAAUUACUAGUUCACUAUAUAAUUCUAAAACACUGAUGAUGUUUGCACAUAAUAAUUCAAGCAUAAUGUGGUACAGACUCAAAACUGUAAUAAUAUAAGCUGAUAGUAUGAAAUUUGGAAACGGGUCCCUCAUAAUCGUUGGCAGUGUGCUCCUACCAAUUGAAAGCAGCACUAAUCUGUUGCUUAUAUGCAAAAGGUGCAAUGUAUUAUAAAAGUAUUAAACUUCUGCCACAUUUUAUAAUUUUCCUUGUUAAAGCCCCAAACUGCCAUGUCCCUUAAACUUGAGUCAAACACAAGCUUAUUUGCACUAAAGAGCAUGGCCAAAAAAUAAAUGACAGGGUGGAAAAGCUAAUUGGAACCUCUUGAAAUAGUUGGUUCUAAUGGGAGAAUUUCACAUUUGUCUAUUUGAAAGCUAUAUGGUCCAGGCAGACAAUCUGUCAGUUCACUAAUUUAAUAAUGCACUUUACCUUUUGUAUAUAAAAGAUGUACAUUUAUGCCACUUGACCGGUGGGAUGUGUUUCAAUAACUAUGUAGUUAGAAUCUGUAGGGUGAGCUCUUGCAUGCAUAUGUUUGUGUUGGAACUGCCGUAGUAACAAGUUUCCAUUAAAUCAGUGUAAUGGAGAAGGGUAGAAAAUGUUUCUGCAGCAAAUCCCAAUACAUUUAACAAAGAAUUUUAAAGUAGAGUUCAUAUUUGUAUUCUUCAGGACUAGAAUCAAUAAAAAACUAUUUCUAGCCCAGGUUAGUAUUACAGUUGAGAUUAUAUCUAAUUGAGAUUCCCCGUGAUACCCUGAAAAUGAAUUUUGGGAAUUUGUGCAGACAAAAAAAUUUUUAACAAUUCUGUUUCAUUGUUGAUGUGUGUUUAAAUUAGUAAUGAAAAGACAGUACAUGAUACUAUAUUAGAAUUAAAAGUAUGAUUGGCUGAUAUGGCAUCGUUAAGAAAACACCCAGACUAGAGAAAGUUCAAAUUAAGGAAAUGCAAAGAACCUAAGAACAAUUGCUAAAAUAAAUAUGAUAUUAUUUCAAAACUUGCAGAAGAACUAACUUUCACCAACCAAAAAGGGUAUUAGGGGCCUUAGUGUAUCCUUCCAUCCUGAAAACUUCCUAAGAUAUACUUUUGAAAACUAGAUAAUUGUUGCUUAAUAAUAGGUUGUAUGUACUUUACUAACAACACUGUGUACUAACAAUUCAUCAAGAGUAUACUAUAUUUACUGCAUUCAUUUUAUAUUUGUGGAUAAGAAUACAUUAUAUAUAGUGAACCUAUCUUAAUAUAAUCUUGUAUUUAUAUUGUAAUUUUGAAAAUAUUUUCAGUAAAAUAAACAUUUAUCUGAGCUGCACAAUUUGAAGAGGAUGAAAUUGGAAUACACCCUCAGACGCUCAGUUUUAAUAAGCAGCUACCAUUGAAAGUUGAUGUAUGUACUAUCAUUCCUUUAGAAUUUGUUUUAUGGUUUAUUUUAAUACUUAAGUAAAUAGGACUUAAUUGCAAAUUUGAAAUAGUGUCCUGGAAAUAAUUUUUUCAUAAGUGUGAGAUUUUCUUUUUUCCUGCUUAUUUCCAAAUGUCUUUCACUGGAACUAUUUGUAAAAUCUUAUUCCAAGCUUUAUGUAAGAGCUUUGCUUAGUCAUCACAUAGUUUGAAGUUUCUCUUUUACCAAAACACCAAACAUCUUUGGCAGGAUAAAAUCUAAAGUAAACCACAAAGAAUUUAAAGUUGAUUCUAUGCCAACAGAAUAAUACAGGUAUAAUAUUUAUCACUGCCAAAUAAGAUUCUUAAAAUCUUUCUGGAGUUUCCUUAAAGAUUUCUUGAAUUUCAUAGAGAAAUAUUGGCUUGUGGCUAGCCCAUUAGAGAAAGAGAGUAGGGAUGUUGGUAUGCUGUUGAGACAAUCUGUAGUCCACAAUACUGUAGCAGUGAGGUACAGGGAAAAUGUGUUUUUCCCAAUUUCACGUCUUGUGAAAAUUGAGUUUUGGGGGUUUUUUUGGGUUUUUUUUCUUGCGAUACGCGGGCCUCUCACUGUUGUGGCCUCUCCCGUUGCGGAGCACAGGCUCCGGACGCGCAGGCUCAGCGGCCAUGGCUCACAGGCCCAGCCACUCUGCGGCAUGUGGGAUCUUCCCGGACCGGGGCACGAACCCAUGUCCCCUGCAUCGGCAGGCGGACUCUCAACCACUGCGCCACCAGGGAAGCCCACAAAUUGAGUUUUUAGAUCACAGUUACUCUGUCAUACCCAAAUUUAUGUAGAAAAACAGUUUAUGUGCUAGUAUAUUUUCUUGUAUAAUGUUAAAAAAUUAAUCUUUUUUUUCCUUAAUUUGACAUGUUUUUUAAGGAAUUUAAAUUUAUUUAGUCAAUAUUUUUGAAUAAGGAAAACAUGCAUAUAGUACAAAAUUUAAAUGGGCCAGAUGGGUAGACACUGAAAUGUAGCAACCAGUGUUACCAAUUUCUUGGGUCUCCUUCUAGAGUUACUUUGCAUAUACAAACAUAUGUAUUAUAUAUACAGAUAUUCUUCUUAAACAUACAGUUGGAAACAUAUCAUAUACACUCUCCUGUACCCAGUAGUAUCAAUUUUAGAUCUGCCAUUAUAAGUGAAUUUUUUCCCCUUUUACCUAGAUACCAUACUUGGUCUAGUUACCAUAGAUCAAUUAAAUGCAUAGAUAGUUAAAUUUAAUUUGAACUAUUUAUGACACCAAGGGAACCUCAAGGAAAUUUCAAAUGAUUCCCAUUGGAAUUUACUCAAAAUGCAAAUAUAUGUAUAUAUCAAUUUUUAAAUGUAUAAAUAUUCAGUUUCCCGUCCCUAUUUGAAACCACUUUGCCCUCCUAGCUCCCCCUCUUCCUUCCCUCAAAAAAGUAUUGGUCUUUUUCCUGAGGCAAUACAGUUCAGGAUGUUAAGUGAUUUACCCAAAGUUUAUUUUAGAUUAACUGUGUCCUCUAAUGAAAAACACCCAUGUUUAAAAGCUUUAAUAAAUUAUCAGUUAGUCAGUUUUUACUAUUUCUGUUACUAUUAUUUUUAUCCAAAGACCUUGCCAUUGUAAGAGUAAAUCAGCACUAGAACCAUAGCAAAAGGUUAUGAUCCUGCUGAAAUCUUUUGAUUUAUUAACAUGAGUGUUUAUAAUGAGAAAAAGUAUAGUUAUUAAUGAAUAAUUCAUUUAGCAUUUAGUCAAAUCCAAGACUAAGCAAAGGGAUAAUGCUACUUCUGAUUAUUUAAAGCAUUGAUUCCCCAUUGAGGGACCCAGAGUCUGUGAGAUUUCCUUGGGACCAAAAGGUACCAAGAUGAUUUGGGAAAAGAUUAAAAACGUAAGGGCUAUGAGUUUACAAGUACAACUAAACCAUCUCUAUUUUCCGCUGUAAGAAUAUAAAAUAGCAAAUAUAAUUGUUUGAAAAUGAAAUUAGCAUAAUUACUAUUACUGAAAAUAUAAACAAAGUUGCUUCAAUAAUUCCCCAACCCCUCCCCCUCAAAAGUCACAGUUCUCCUUUUAUUCACAUCAAGGAGGCACUUUAAGGUCACUUUUCUAAUAACCACCAAGAAAAAAUUAUCUGAAAAAUUAAAGGUCCCAUACUUGAACCCUGAAGAAUCCUAUAUAGUUAUGAAUUAAAGCAACCAAUUAAGAGUAUGUGGGUUGAGAAAGAAUUUCUCAAAGAGUAUGUGGGUUGGUGUGUGUAAACUCUAUGAAAAUGUUAAAAGGUUUAAAAAUUAAAGCAUUGGUUUCAACUUUAGAAUAAUAUCUUCAUAAGUGAUGGAAUGAUUUUCUGUUUGUA